UUGAACACUGGCCUGUUUCAUGUGGUUGGCUUCUCAAUAAAAUGUGGGAAUCAAUCAUGCAAUCUCCGUGUGCAGCCCAUGGUCUAACACAGGCAGCUGCCUUACAACAAGUAAGUGGCCAUUGCUCAGCGGAUGAGCAUCUGCUUUGCCUGCAGAAGGUCCCAGGUUCAGUCCCUGGCAGGGCUGUGGACAACUGCCUGCAACUUUGGAGAAGCUGCUGCCAGUCUGUGAUGACAAUACUGAGCUUGGUGGACCAAUGGUCUGACUCAGAAGGCGGCCGCUUCCCAUGUGAGCAAAGCAUGUUGGGGUGUAUAUCGAGCAGGCCUUUUGGCCAUAAUAAAUGAGGAUUUUCCAAAAUAGCUGCCCCAGUUCAGAGAUGAUCUGAUUUGGCAAAGCUGUUUGGACAGCACUGGUUAAUGAUCAAAUAAAUGGAAGGCUAAGUGAAAUUCACUGACCAUGCAGCCUUUUUUCCCUUUCUUUUUGCCUCUUGAGGAACCCAUUAAAAUGGCAUGCACUCAAAAUCUUUCCACACCACAGCAUCUGCCACAACGAAGCCAGCGGGAAGGAGGAGCCCCUCAGCAAGUACUGCCCCUGGCCGAUAAGGCACAAUGGAAACAUUUAAUUGAUCAGAGCAAUUCUAAUUAGACUCUGGCAUCAAAUUGCAGGCUGGACCUCCCUGGUAACGACGGAUGCUCUCCACUUUAGUUGAUAGAUUAAGGAGAAAAGGAGAGGCAGGGUGUGUAACUGGCAGAAAAUGGUGAUGGAUGGCUAUAAAAUGCAGCCGUAUUUAUCACGCUCCACAGCAAGAGCACUCCAAAGAUCAAACUUUCCCACCCAAUUUCCCCAGGAGACGUGGCACUUAAUCAGGCUUAAACGCACAGCUGCCAGGCGCAGAGAUGCGCCCCUUGCUCCUCUCUGCCGUCUUUUAAAAAAUGGCUGUUCUGCAAGUGUGGUAAAUGCAGCCGUGCUUGUGAGAUCCCGUGGAAAAUAAGCUUGCACCACGAAUGGGAUCCCUGGGAGUUGCUAAAGAGCCUUGAAAACCGUUUUCGGAAAAGGUAAAAAGAAUUGCUCUGUCUGUCUGUGUCUGUUUAUUAAUCUGAGCAAUGUGCAUCUGUCUUGGUGGUUUGCUAAAGCUGAGAGAGAGAUACAGCAGAUACUUUUCUGUGCUCAUCCAACAGACUCCCUGUUAUAAUUAUUAAGGUUUUAUUUUACUCUUGGUGAUGCUGGAGUAGGGUGGGGUGUUAAUAUGCAGUUAAAUACACAUUGAAUAUGUAAAUCUAAUUCCUUUCCCUUUGCUCCGAGCAGGAAUUGAAGAGACCUCCUUUCAGGUUGACUCCAACAAUACUUUCCGCUUCAAAGGUAAAGUCAUGGUGCAUACUUAUAGCUUUGAAUUCUGUAGACUAUGGAUUUGUAUAAGCAGGCCUCGGUCUUGGAGGAAGAUCAGCCUGAACUUGUCAGUAAGGGGAUCUAGCAGCCUUUGGAAAGGUUGCAUUAGAGCAUAGAUGCAUGAGAGAACAGGAGAGCGAUUCCUAUCACUCCUUGGAAAAGAGAAACCGACCUCAGUGAGAAAUGGCUUUCUUUUCAUCAAACACCUCUGAUGGAAAUGACACAGACUAUUAUGAAGACCCUACUUUCUCACUGUUUGACAUCUCUGUGCUGGUGCCAGUGACAAUAAUUUCCAUCCUCUUGUUUUUCUUUGGCCUUGCUGGGAAUGUCACCAUUAUAUUAAUUUUUAAAAGGUACAAGGAGAUGCAAACGACCGUUAAUAUGUAUUUGUCCAGCAUGGCCUUAUCGGACAGUCUGAUCUUUCUGGGCGUGCCUUCUGAUUUGUACAGGAUCUGGAAGUAUAAGCCAUAUAUCUUUGGCGAUUUCCUCUGCAAAUUUAUCUUCUACCUCAGUGAAACAUGCACUUACUGCACAAUACUCCACGUAACCACCUUGAGCGUCGAAAGAUACUUCGCCAUCUGCUUUCCUCUGAGAGCUAAAACCACCAUCACUAAAAGCCGCGUCAAAGGCGUCAUUCUCUUGAUCUGGCUUUUAUCUUCUGUGACCGCUUUCCCCAUCCUGUUUCUCUUCGGCACAGAGCACCGUAACGGGAGCCUGGCCGAGGAAACGACUGAAUGCACAUGCCUAGACCGAGCAGCCCGCUCUGGACUUCUGGAAACCAUGACCUGGCUUUCCACACUGUAUUUUUUCCUCCCCGUGUUCUGCUUGGUGCUCCUCUACGGGCUGAUAUGCAGAAAGCUCUGGAGAACGGCCCACAGGCUGGAAGGCCGACAGGCUGCAACAAGAGAGAAGUACCACCAGCAAACUGUCAAAAUGCUAGCCGUGGUGGUCCUGGCCUUUAUUCUCUGCUGGCUUCCGCUGCAUGUCGGCCGUAUCCUCUUUGCCCAAGGAAACAUGGUCCUGUACGAGGUCAGCCAAUACUUCAACCUUGUCUCCAUGUUGCUGUUCUACCUUGGAGCGUCUGUGAAUCCAAUCCUUUACAACAUCAUGUCACAAAAAUACAGGGUGAGUUCUGAGGGACGUCUUGCCUCCUAAGUGCCAAAUUUCUGUGCUGAAGAAGUUUCGAUGCAGAUGCAACCUUUGAUUAUUGAAGAAGUUCACAAGCAACUCUAUUCCAUGAAGAAUAAUAUACCAAAACAAAACAAAAACAAAAAAACCCUUACCUCCCACGUGGCUACUAUGCAGGUGGCCGUCUUACAAGUGAGCAUGGAAACGCAGCAUGGAUCGGGGGGGCCUGGCGCUGUAGAAAUCUCUGCUUUUUCUGAGCAAGGACCAAGCUGCAAGGAAACAGGAAAGGACUGUUUCAGCAUUUAUACAUUUAAAAUGCUAUUUUAACAUUGGUUUUAUGUUUUGUUUUACUUGUGCAUUAAAGGUCUUGAAAAGUUUGUGUUCUUUUGGAGAAUGCAUAUUUCAUCGCCAUUAUUUUUGUUGUAAACUGCCCUGAGCCAUUUUUGGAAGGGCAGUAUUUAAAUUAAAUUAAGUUAAUAAUACCAUCUAAUUCAAUUUGCAAUUAUACAAAAACGUAGGGCUGAGAAAAGUAGUUUCUAUGGCUGCCUAAUUAGCUCCCGAGGCUUACGAAUCGGCAAGUGUGCUUAUAUGAUCAGUUUUUGAAGAGAGACUCCAACCUGCAACCUUGGAGAAGCUGCUGCCAAUCUGUGUAGACAAUCCUGAGCUAGGUGGACCAGUAGUCUGACCCAGUAUGUUCCCACACCCCUGUGUUCUGCUGAGUGUGCCUCAAAAGAUGUAAACACAAAAAGUACCCCCUCACAUACACAUUGCCCUCCUGUGUUCAGACAUAGCUC